CGAAACGUAUCCGCUGUCCGCUCUUAGUCUCUCUGAUGCAGGAUACAAGUGUAUGCAAUACCGUAUAAAAGACAAACUAAUAAUAAACUGUAAAUAAAUAAUGCUUUAAUAUAUCACAGUAUAACUUUUCUCGAAUAUUUCCACAAUGAGUCAGAAUAAUCAGGAUAACAACGAACCCCUAAUAAAGAGGUAUAGAAGGGAAGAGGAAGAAGACAGCCCUUUGGAUACGGAUGACGAUUACCAGCCAUAUGUACCUGCCAAGCAUCGUAAAAAGCAAUUGCUCACAAAAUUGGGUAAACUUGGACAGUUAAAAGAGGAUGCUACCAAUGGCGUUGGGAAAAGCAGCAGCGAGAAUGAGAGGGAUGAUGCUGAUAACGACGACGGCCAAGUCUGGGGAAGAAAAUCCAAUAUCUCUCUUCUCGAUCAACAUACAGAAUUGAAGAAAUUAGCUGAAGCCAAGAAAGAGAGUGCCAUGGAGAAGCAGUUGAAGGAGGAAGAAAAGAUUCUUGAGAGCGUGGCUGAGAAUAAAGCUCUAAUGGGUGUAGCUGAAUUAGCCAAGGGUAUUCAAUACAAGGAUCCUAUCAAAACCAAUUGGCAACCACCAAGAGUGAUACUCAAUCUUGGUGAGAUGCGUCAUGAGAGAGUACGCAGAAAGCUCAGGAUACUUGUGGAAGGUGACAAAGUGCCACCACCCUUGAAAGCUUUCAAGGAAAUGAAAUUUCAUAAAGGAAUCUUGUAUGGGCUGGAACAGAAGGGUAUUGUCAAGCCAACUCCAAUUCAAGUCCAAGGAAUACCCACCGUCUUGUCUGGUCGCGACAUGAUUGGUAUAGCUUCCACCGGUAGCGGUAAAACAUUGGUGUUUGUUUUACCUAUCAUUGAAUUUUGUUUGGAACAAGAAAUUGACAUGCCCUUUAUUAAGAAGGAAGGACCUUAUGGCUUGAUAAUAUGUCCUUCGAGAGAAUUAGCUAAGCAAACUUUUGACAUAAUUCGGCAUUAUACCAAUAGCAUAAGGCAAACGGACUGUCCAGAAAUACGCUGUUGUUUGGCAAUCGGAGGUGUACCGGUUUCGGAGUCAUUAGCUGUAAUUAACAAAGGAGUACAUAUAAUGGUAGCGACACCGGGCCGAUUAAUGGAUAUGUUACAUAAAAAGAUGGUCACUUUAAGUGUAUGCCGUUAUCUUUGCAUGGACGAGGCGGAUCGCAUGAUAGAUAUGGGAUUCGAGGAAGAUGUGCGAACAAUAUUUUCAUUUUUCAGGGGUCAGAGGCAAACGCUUUUAUUCUCCGCUACUAUGCCGAAAAGAAUUCAAAACUUUGCGCGUUCAGCAUUGGUGAAACCUGUAACGAUAAACGUUGGCCGUGCUGGAGCUGCAUCAAUGAAUGUGGUACAGGAAGUAGAGUAUGUCAAGCAAGAGGCUAAGAUCGUUUAUCUCUUGGAAUGUCUUCAGAAGACUGCGCCGCCGGUUUUAAUAUUCGCAGAAAAAAAGCGCGACGUGGACGCCAUUCAUGAGUAUCUGCUUAUAAAAGGAGUAGAGGCUGUUGCGAUACAUGGAGGAAUAGACCAGGAGGAAAGAUCACGUUCGGUGGAAGCGUUUCGUGCAGGUCGGAAAGACGUGCUUGUUGCGACAGAUGUUGCAUCGAAAGGUCUCGAUUUCGCUGAAGUGCAACACGUUAUUAAUUAUGACAUGCCAGAUGACGUAGAAAAUUAUGUGCACAGGAUAGGACGAACUGGUCGUUCUGGACGUACUGGAAUAGCGACCACUUUCAUUAAUAAAGCAAAUGAUGAAUCGGUACUGCUCGAUCUUAAACAUCUGCUGAUGGAAGCAAAGCAAAAGGUGCCACCGUUCUUGCUGGAACUUUGUUCAGAAAAUGAAAAAUAUCUCAAUUUGGGAGACGAACGGGGCUGCAGUUAUUGUGGUGGACUUGGACACAGGAUUACAGAGUGUCCGAAAUUGGAGGCUGUGCAGAAUAAGCAGGCAUCCAAUAUCGGGCGUCGCGAUUAUUUGGCCAGUAAUGCCGCUGAUUAUUAAGCGACGAAUACAAUUGUAUUUAUUGUAAAUAUGUAAAUUUUUUUUUCUAUAAUAUUAAUGCUAUUUAGAUAAUAGAAACAAUGGAAAAAUAAAAAAAGAGAAAGAGAAUAAAUAUUUAAACGCUGUA